UUUAAAAUUUAUAGCUCACAGCUUCUUGAAAAUGUAGUAGCUUUAUUUGCUUCAAUGAAGAUGCUUUGUAAUUUGUACUACUCAUGAUGUACCAAAGAAACAGAAUCAUCACGUCCUCACACAAAUUUAUUUUUUCAUUUAAACCAAAAUUCAUACACACAGUAACUAACUCUAAACCCUUGUGUCAAAACACUCGAACUCCUCUUGCAACUCAUCUAGGUUCGAUCUUGGAUGCUUUUUCUGACCACCCUUUUGCUCUUCAACGAGCUAAUAAACAAGUCCAUGCCCAGUUCAUUGUUAAUAAAAUCAGCACCAAUGCUUCACUGGGUGCAAAGAUUUUGGGUUUUUAUGUUCUUUGUGGGAGUUUUAUUGACGCCAUUAACAUGUUUUAUAGUCUUGAGUUGAGGACUAGUUUGCCUUGGAAUAGGAUGAUUAGAGUGUUUGUUCAAAUGGGUUGGUUUGAUUUUGCGUUGUUUUUUUACUUUAAGAUGUUGAGUUUUGGAGUUGUUCCUGAUAAUCAUACUUUUCCCCCUGUGAUUAAGGCUUGUGGUGCUUUGGAAGAUGUUAGAUUAGGGAGGAUGGUGCAUGAAACGAUUCGUGAACUGGGGUUUGAGUUUGAUGUGUUUGUGGGGAGUUCUUUGGUUAAGUUUUAUGCUGAGAAAGGUUGUAUUGAUGACGCGCGUUGUUUGUUUGAUGAAAUGUCUGAGAGAGAUUGUGUUUUGUGGAAUGUAAUGCUUAAUGGGUAUGUUAAAUGUGGGGAAUUAGAUAAUGCUAUGAAGGUGUUUAAAGAAAUGAGAAGAAGUACGAUUAAACCGAAUUCUGUGACAUUUGCUUGUGUUUUGUCUGUCUGUGCUGCAGAAAGAAUGAUUGCGUUUGGUAUGCAACUUCAUGGUGUUGUGGUAAGUUGUGGAUUAGAGUUUGACUCGCCGGUGGCAAACACUCUGUUGGCUAUGUAUUCAAAGUGUGAGCUGUUGUGUAAUGUGCGUAAAUUGUUUGAGUUGAUGCCUCGGAUUGAUUUGGUGACAUGGAAUGGGAUGAUUGCUGGACAUGUGCAAAACGGUUUUAUGGAUGAGGCUUUAGAUUUAUUUCGUAAGAUGAUUUCUUCUGGUGUCAAACCAGACCCGAUAACCUUUUCAAGUUUUCUUCCUUCAGUUGCUGAAUUAGCAAGUCUUAAACAAGGUAAGGAAAUUCAUGGUUAUAUAAUACGGAAUGAUGUGCCUUUGGAUGCAUUCUUGAACAGUGCACUUAUUGACUUAUACUUCAAGUGCAGGGAUGUGGAAAUGGCAUGCAAGAUUUUUAACCAGAGCACCACAAGUGAUGUUGCAAUUUGCACAGCAAUGAUUUCUGGCUUUGUACUUAACGAGAUGAACAAUGAUGCUUUAAAGAAAUUUAGGUUUUUAAUUCAAGAGAAAAUGAGUCCAAAUGCUGUAACCCUGGCAAGUAUAUUACCAGCAAUAGCUGGUUUGGCUGCUCUGAAAUUGGGGAAGGAAUUACAUGGUAACAUCCUAAAGAACAGACUUGACAGGAAAUGUCAAGUAGGAAGUGCAGUGGCAGACAUGUAUGCAAAGUGUGGAAGACUGGAUCUUGCUCAUAAAAUUUUUAGAGGGAUGUCUGAAAAGGAUGUUAUUUGUUGGAACUCAAUGAUCACAAGCUGUUCCCAGAAUGGCAGACCAGAGGAGGCCAUUGAUCUUUUUCGUCAAAUGGGGUUGGGAGGAAUGAAAUAUGACCGUGUGAGCAUAUCAGGUGCUCUUUCUGCUUGUGCAAACUUACCUGCACUGCAUUUUGGGAAAGAGAUCCAUGGUUUCAUGACAAAAGGUUCUUGCUGCUCUGAUCUUUUCGCUGAAGGUGCAUUGAUAGACAUGUAUGCUAAAUGUGGAAAGUUGGAUUUUGCUCGUGCUGUGUUUGACAUGAUGCAGGGGAAGAAUGAGGUGGCGUGGAAUAGCAUCAUUGCUGCUUAUGGAAGCCAUGGACGCCUUAAAGAAUGUCUUGCUCUUUUCCAUGAAAUGUUGGAAAAUGAAAUCCAGCCUGAUCAUGUCACCUUUCUUGCGAUAAUCUCUGCUUGUGCUCAUGGUGGCCAAGUUGACGAUGGAAUUCAUUACUUCCAUUGCAUGACGCAAGAGUAUGGGAUCCUGGCUCAUCUAGAGCAUUAUGCAUGCAUGGUAGAUUUGUUUGGGCGUGCUGGACGUUUGGAUAAAGCAUUCGAAACUAUAAAAAGUAUGCCAUUUUCACCGGAUGCAGGUGUAUGGGGAACACUGCUUGGAGCGUGUCGGGUCCAUGGCAAUGUUGAGCUAGCUGAAGUAGCUUCAAGACAUCUUUUUGAUUUGGACCCACAAAACUCUGGUUACUAUGUGUUGCUUUCAAAUAUACAUGCUGAUGCAGGACAGUGGGGAGAUGUGCUUAAGAUACGACGUUUGAUGAAAGAAAGAGGAGUUGAAAAGGUUCCUGGGUAUAGCUGGGUUGAGGUUAACAACGCGACCCAUAUGUUUGUUGCUGCCGAUGAAAGUCACCCAGAGUCUGCUCAGAUCUAUACAUUACUGAAGAAUCUUCUUAUAGAGCUGAGAAGAGAGGGUUAUGUUCCUCGACCUUAUCUUCCAAUGCAUCCACAAACCUUGAAGUUGUGAUUACUGAAGAAUGACCCCUUCUUUCUUCCUAUCACCAAAGCAAUGAUCUUCCUUCAAACUAAGGUACUGCACAUCCCUCUACGUGAACUAUACUUUUUUAUUUAUCAACUUGUAAAUUCUACAAGUAGAACAAAUUGGUGACAGUGACAAUAGAAUUUGAAUUGAAGAUGACAAGAUUUUAA